GGAUGCAGCCCGCUGAUUAUAUCGAUGCUGCUUACUAGCCUACUGGGUUCUUAAAUGACGUGCCAUCUGAUUCAGACCAGGGGGAGGAGUGAGAUAAUAAAUACAUAAAUUAACAAACAAGGCAAAUCCACCGAAACGCCACCAUCCACCUCCUCAGUUUCAAGCAUCGUCGGUGGUGAACGGUGGAUCACUGGGAGGAAGAACGACACUGUUAUUUAAUGGCCCAUAAAUUGAGAAGUGAAAUAGUUGGCUGAAAAACUGGGGUCCUUAGCGAGGAAUAUAGUCCUUCACUGGAAGAGAGAAGGACGCGUUGUUGGUCGAGCAUCAUCCACAGCGAACCAUCAUUUUAUAAGGAGGAGACCAUCCAAACCGUUACAGUAAGGGCUUUAGAAUAGAAUAACCUACAAGUAAUUGAACGGAUAUUUAAUUGUAAAACAUUUAUUACUAAUGUAGAAUUAUACAAAUCAAACAUUGCAAAAAAUAAAUACCCGUUUAUAGACAAUUACAACGAGAAGGUAUCAUAGAAAUUAAAUCGACCUCAUCUCUCCCUUUGCCUUUUUGUAUUGCAUAUUGAUGAUAAAUUGCACCUAUAUUAGCCUAUUGGCCAAUCUUAUUUAUCAAAUCGAGUUCAUAUAGCAUGGGCCAGGGCUAAGUAAGGCAUAGGCUAUCGGUAAAUUGGACUCGAGAGGAAAGCACGACGCAACCUUAUUUGCCAUUAUCCAUGUCAAACAUCCUUUUCAAUUUGUCGUUUCAUUUCCGAUCUCAGAACAUUUCCCCAUAUCUAGGCUGAGAGUAUUUUUUUCCUAUAUCCACCUCCCCAGUGGAUUUUUAAGGGCAGUCUGGAAUACCACGACUGGUUGUGCUUUGGGGGGGGACCAUUUUUGACGUUUGAUUAGUGAGGUUUGACGCCACGGAGAGAAGAUGUCGGGGCAGACGCUGACGGACCGCAUUGCCGCGGCGCAAUACAGCUUAACCGGAUCGGAGGUUGCUCGAGCUGUUUGCAAAGCCACCACUCAUGAGCAGACAGCACCCAAGAAAAAACACCUGGAAUACCUGAUUGAGGCCACCAAGGAGUCUAAUGUGAACAUCCCACAGAUGGCGGACACGUUGUUUGAGAGGGCCACCAAUGCCAGCUGGGUGGUGGUGUUCAAGGCCCUGAUCACUACGCAUCACAUGAUGGUCGCUGGCAAUGAGAGGUUCCUCCAGUUCCUUGCCUCCAGGAACACCCUCUUCAACCUCAGUAACUUUCUGGACAAAACUGGCUCCCAUGGCUACGACAUGUCCACGUUUAUCAGACGCUACAGCCGGUACCUCAACGAGAAGGCGUUCGCCUACAGACAGAUGUCCUUCGACUUUGGCAGAGUGAAGAAGGGAGCUGAGGGGGUGAUGAGGAAGAUGCCCGUAGAGAAGCUGUUGAAAGGAAUGCCCACUCUGCAGAGCCAGAUAGACGCCCUGCUGGAGUUUGAUGUCCAUCCCAAUGAACUGACCAAUGGGGUGAUCAACGCGUGCUUCCUCCUGAUGUUCAAAGACCUGAUCAAGUUAUAUGCCUGCUACAAUGACGGGAUCAUUAAUGUAUUAGAGAAAUUUUUCCAGAUGAAGAGAGGACAGUGCAAAGACGGGCUGGAGAUCUACAAGAGAUUCUUGACACGGAUGACCAGGGUUUCUGAGGUCUUCAAAAUUGCUGAGACCAUAGGAAUUGACAAAAAUGAUAUCCCGGAGCUCACUCAGGCCCCUGAGAGUCUCUUGCAGUCCCUGGAGACUCACCUAAACACUCUGGAGGGGAAGAAGCCAGAGGAUGUUCACAGAGACGAUGUGUCACCAACCAAGGAGUGUGAAGCAAAUGGCUCCCCGGCCGCAGCCGCCACGCCUACAAAAGCUCAAGCGGCCCCUGCAGCUGCUGCUACUCCAGUUGCUCCUGCCCGCCCUGGACCACCUGCCAGACCCACGGCGGCACCCACCUUCAAGGACUCCAACAAUGCUCUGCUAGACUUGGAUCCAUUGUCAGCCUCCCCAUCAGCAGGUGGAGCAGCAGCCUCUAUCUCGUCAUGGGGAGAUCUGCUUGGUGGCGGUUUAGAUACCCCGCCUGAUCCCACUAGCACCUCUGAGCCAGCCGCUGUUGCUGCUGCUGAUGCUGCAGCCGGUCCAGCUUCCACGCCCACGGUGGCCCAUACGGAUGGCCCCGCCGCGCCCUCUGUGGCCCCCGUGGUGGUGCUGCCCGUGCCCGCCACUACCGCCUCAGACAUGGAUCUGUUCGGAGACGCGUUUGCACCCUCCCCAGGUGACGGCCCGCCCAGCAGGGCGCCUGCUGCUGAUGCAUGUGCCGGAUCUGACCCCUUCGCUCCAUCGGAGGGGAGUGCGAACUUGGCUCCAGAGAUGGACCUCUUUGCUAUGAAGUUCGAUAACACGCUGGCUGCCCCAGAAGCAGCCAGCCCCACCUCUAGUGCAGUGCCGAUCAUUGUCGCCCCCAUCGAGCCCCCUGCUGCCGCCCCCGCUCCCUCCACUACCACCACUGAGUCUGCAGCCGCCCCCGCUCCCUCCACUACCACCACUGAGUCUGCAGCCGCCCCCGCUCCCUCCACUACCACCACUGAGUCUGCAGCCGCCCCCACCCCUGCCGUCCCCACUCUCGACCUCUUUGGUGAUUCUAUGUUUGAUUCUAUUCCUGAGAAAAGCCCUACCGCAGAAAAAGCUGAUGCUGCUGUUACUCCUAGCGUAGACCUAUUUGGGGCAGAUCUCCCCACUAUCUCUCGUGGGCCCUCUCCUUUGCCUCCCGAGGCCAAUGCUGAUGAAGACCUCUUGUCUGGUGUGACUGAUGCAUUCUCUGCUAUGGCUCCAGCACAAGCAGUGGCUCCAACUCCAGCUCAAGCCCCGACACCAGCUCCAGCUCCUGCCCCUGCAACGGUCUCUCCUCCCAAACCUGAGCCCUCUGCACCUGCACCUGUCAUUGAUCUGCUGGACACAUUCAGUUGUCCUGCUCUGUUGGACACUACGCCCGCUGCCCCCGGGGGACCAGGAGAGGAUCUGUUGGGUGGACUGAUGUCUCCUAGCCUGGCUCCCACGGCAGCCCCUGCUCCUUUGGCCCCCGCUUUGGCCCCGGCCCUCGCCCCUACUCUGGCUCCUGUCUCAGCCCAGAAUGACUUGCUGGAGUGUGGCUUCGACACCCUCGGCUCCCUACCCCCACUAAUGCCCGCCACACCAGCAGCUGCAGACACAGUGCCGGCCGCAGCAGCACCCUCUGGUGGCUUUGAUGCAUCAGGGGACAUACUGAUGCCAGCCAUAACGCCCCAGUCCACUGGGGGUAGUGUGGGCAGCACUGGCAGUGGUGGGGUCAGUAUCAAGUUUACACCCGCGGUCGGGGUUGGCAUGACAGGCGCCACAGCUAUUAAACGGCCAUCCAUCGGGGGCGACUUGGACUCCUCCCUGGCAAACCUGGUUGGAGAUCUGGGGAUUCAGAAAAAGGACCACCAGUGGAAUGAGAAGAAGCUGACAGGAGGAUCUAACUGGACCCCCCAGGUAGCCCCUCCCAGCUGGGGCGCUCCUGGACCUAUGAUGGGUGGCCCCGCCCCUGGAGCCCCUGGUGCCCCUGGAGCCAUCCCUCCGCCCAUGGGAGCACAUCCUGGCUUUAGCAUGGCCUCAGCAGCUGGAUCUGGAGUACCCAUGAUGCCUCCCAUGAUGAUGGGACAGCCAAUGAUGGGUCAACCCAUGAGACCACCCCUGCCAGGAGCUGCAGCACCAGGGGCACUGCUGUCUUCAGGACCUGCUGCCACCCAGAGCAAAAAACCCAAGGACCCACUGGCAGACCUCAACCUCAAGGACUUAAUGUAAUCCCCCAGACCAGCUCUUGUUUUUCUGGAGCUGGGCCCUCUGGCCGCCUGUCUUAUUUCGGCGUUCUCUACAACCUGGGACACCAGAGACCCUCCUCAGCUACUCACCUAUAGGAGAUCCCCUUCCUCCAGCCCACCCCAUCCCAGCCCCCUGUGUAAUGUUGUAGCACAAACUGUGAAAGUGACACCUUAGUGAGGAAAAACCAAGUGUGUGCUUAACUAGAUGUAACCUUUUGUCUAAACAAAACCACACAAAACAUAUUUACAAAAAAAAUGUCUAUCAAAGCAAGGCAGAAACCCGAGCGGAAGCUGAAGGCGUAUGUGCUGUUUGUAUUUAGAUCCUUUUUUCCAGUAGUGUUGGCGUGUUGAGUUGAAUGAUGGAUGCGUGUUUGUUCGAUACCCUCAACUCCACCUUCGGCCCUGCACUGGCCUUCUGAUCACUCAAGAGGGGAGGGGGUUCCACCCUGCCUCACCCUGAUUGGAUAAGAGAGGUAAGCAAAGCAGCCCUGUCAUUUUUGGAUGAAACGUGCAAUGUGUCGUUUGCAGAAGUUCUUCUUCGUUGUUGUAUAUACAUUACACUGGCAAAUCUUUAAGGAUUCUGUCUCUACUCUGUAUGUCUGUGGAAGAGCAUAUUGAUGUGAAUCUGAUAUCAAAUUGUCAAGUCAUCAAGUCAUGUGACCAUUAUCUUAUUUCCCGUCAUCUUCUGAACGUAUUUAGAAACAAAUAUGAUAUGAAUAUAUGAUUAAUAUGAAUAAGCAACAUGUACGGGCUCCUGAAUCCUAAAUGACCAUCCAAUGAUUUUUUUAAAAAUGAUGUUCAGUGUAUUUAUUAGUUUUUUUGUCAGCGCUUAUUUUUCUAUUUAUUUAUUUUCUAGAUUUUGCGCAUCGUGUCCAGCUUUAUUUGUAUUUUCUCUCUGUUGACAUUGUUUGCGAAUCUGCUAUAAAACAUUGUCGGAUAUUUUUUACCAACAGAUCGUAUCUUAUCGCUUAUUUACAGAGAAAAUGUGUUUUCCUAAUCCUAUUCAAGAUAAAGGUCAAAGAGUGCAUAUCAGGAGCCAGAUGUUGCCAGUACCUCAUAGCUCAAUACAGAGGAGAACAGUCUUUUGUUAAACCACUAAAACAAGUUGUGUACAGUUAGUCUACUUCCUGGUAUCAGCGGCACUCUCCCUAUGGACCUAUCACUGUCCUCAUCAGUGGUCUGUUGUUUGAUUUUCAUAAUUGCUUGUACUUUAUUAUUAUCAUUAUUACUAUAACUAGACCACGGUUAGGUACUGGAUAUGUAGUGUUAUUUUUGUAUUUGAGAAGAAACAAGCAUCCUUGUCUCCCUAUUCAUCCACCCCAGAAUUUGUUACAUAUUUCUGUUCCGUUUCCUCCCCCAUUGUUAAUGAAUCAGUAAUAUUGUACAUGGUAGCAUGGGCGGAGAGGAGAGCCUGUGUAUACCCAGUCAAAAGAGGACACUGUUGAACAGUGUGGCUUCCAUGUAUAUCUAGGCAGCUGUUUAGAUCCAGUGAAACCAGUCCUGUGCUGUACAGCCCCAGAUAUAACAGAUCAUUUGUUGUGUCAUUGCAAGACUGUUUCGACAAUUGUUGUGAGAAAAAAUAUGGAUUGAAAAAUGGGAAAACAUGCUUUUUUUCAUUAUUGAGUUACAUUUUAUUUUUUAAUAUCUUAUUAUUAUUAUUUACUAUGCCCCUCCCCAGUGCAUGUAAGCCCUUUGAGAUGCAAUAAACUCAAUGAUGGAAAGAAUCGCCCAUUAAUGAUCGCCAAUCUUUUUCUCAUGUUGAUAGAUCAGAUCAUGGACACAUUGCAUUUUUAAUCUGGUGCACUAAUUGUCAUGACAUUGUAAUGACAUCAAUAGGCCUAACUUGGGUUGUGUUCAUUAGGGCGCACAACUGAAAACGUUUUAAAAUGUAAAUGACUGUUUCUUAUUGGACAGGUCCAAGUAGUCCCUCCAUGUUUCAGUCUGUUUUCUUCCAUUUGGUGCCUAAUGAUCAUGACCCUGGCUACAUGUAUAGAUGUGUCAUAGAUAGAUACAUACAUACAUACAUACAUACAUACAUACAUACAUACAUACAUACAUACAUACAUACAUACAUACAUACAUACAUACAUACAUACAUACAUACAUACAUACAUACAUACAUACAUACAUACAUACAUACAUACAUACAUACAUACAUACAUACAUACAUCACUUCUCCUCACGGUAAAGUAAACACAACAUACAAGUUGUAAUCUUGGUUUAAUUGUUGUUUUUUCAGUCAUGGUGAAAUGUUAUUCAUUUAAUGUAUUUUGUCAUCAAUGGCAAACUCGUAUAAAUUGUGGCACAUAAUAAACAAGAUUCAUCAA